GUCAGCGAGCGCGGGCACGCGCGGCGGCGGAGCGUUCCGUUCCGGGCCGAGGCUGGCGGAGGAAAAGUUGCGGGGCUGAGAGGAACGGCCCCGGGACAGGCAGCAAGCGCUACGCCGAGCCGGUCCCAACGCCAGCGGCUCCACCAUGGACGACCUCGAUGGCUUCUUCUGUUGUAUCCUGAACUUUCCAAGAAUUCCUGACCCUUCCCUGUCUUUGGAAGUCAAUAUGUGAAGUUAUUUUGCCUGGUGUGCUGAGGCAGCCAAGCCGGAAACAAGCUGGGGAAGAAGAGGAGUGUCACCUGGAGGUGGUUGUCAUGGCUUCCUGUGACGCCCUGUUGGCAGACUUGGAAUCCACCACUUCCCAUAUCUCCAAACGGCCUGUGUUCUUGUCUGAGGAGCCCCCCUACUCCUACCCAACUGGAAACCACACCUACCAAGAGAUUGCAGUGCCACCCCCUGUCCCUCCACCCCCAUCCAGUGAGGCCCUCAAUGGCACAAUCCUCACCCCCUUAGACCAGUGGCAACCUAGUGGCUCCCGAUUCCCCCACCAGCAGCCUCCAUCCCCAUCACCCGUGUACAGCUCCAGUGCCAAAACUUCCGGUGCCUCUAACCCUCAGGACGGUGUCAGCAAUACGUGCUCCCGAGCAGGCGAGGAAGAGCACGUCUACAGCUUCCCCAACAAGCAGAAGUCGGCUGAGCCUUCACCCACCAUAAUGAGCUCCUCCCUGGGCAGCAACCUCUCAGAACUUGACCGUCUGCUGCUGGAACUGAAUGCUGUGCAGCAUAAUCCUCCAGGCUUUCCUGCAGAUGAGGCCAACUCAAGCCCCCCACUACCUGGGGUCCUGAGCCCUCAUUAUGGCAUCCCAGAGAAUAACAGCCCCGUGGGGGGCAAAGCUGGCCCUCUGACGAAAGAGAAGCCAAAGCGGAAUGGGGGCCGAGGCCUGGAAGAUGUACGGCCCAGUGUGGAGAGCCUCUUGGAUGAACUGGAGAGCUCUGUGCCCAGCCCUGUCCCCGCCAUCACUGUGAACCAAGGUGAGAUGAGCAGCCCACAGCGAGUCACCUCCAGCCAGCAGCAGACACGCAUCUCGGCCUCCUCCGCCACCAGGGAGCUGGACGAGCUGAUGGCCUCCCUGUCAGACUUUAAGACCAGCUCCUCUGCUGUGGCUCUGAGCUCCCUGGAGCUGCUACCUAGCUCAGCUCCAUCCCUACCCCACACCAUGCCUUGUUUGCCUUCUCCUCUCAUGCCUUCUAUAUUCUGGCCAUCUCCCACUAAACCCUCCCCUCGAGGCCAAGACCAUACCCCAGAGAUACUCUGCACUGAGAAAAAUACAUGGGGCCUUUUACCUCCUGUGGCCCCCAGCUGGCUUGAUUUGGCUGGCUUCGGGAUGAUGUCUGACACCCAUAACUCAAAGCUUCCCUCCAUGGAGGGUUCUCCAGGGUUACUUGAUGCUGACAGCCAAUCUCGAGUUAGGAAUGACCUCCUGAACACAAGUGAACCCUCUAGGUUUCUCCUAUGCCACACUCCACCCCCUGCUAGGAGCCCAGAAUCCCAGGAACCUGGAGACUCCCAGGGGCCAUUGGCUAACCCUGUGUGUCCAGAGGAGACUGUGGAUGCCACUUGGAAAUGGUCAUGGGCUUUGUCAACAUCCAGUCCCGAGACUCCCCAUGGGGCCACUUGUAGCUUACAGGAAGUAACUGAGCCAGCUGUUGUAGCAGUGGACCAUCAGGCCAUCUUCCCAGAUACCUGGAGUCUCACAAAGGAACGGCAGCAGAAGGAGAGGGCACAGCCAGAGCCAGGGGGUGCAGAAAGCAGCUGCCCUGCCCCAUCUGACAAGGAACAGUUGAGUGCAGAGAUGCCUGGGAAGGGAAGCCUGGGGGAAGCAACCCAGGGAUCUGAGAUCCCAACGAUCCCAGAGGGCACCACCGACGCUGCUCCUGGGACCAGGAAGGAACAGCUGGAACAUCCACAGACCAUGGGCAUGGGCAGCACCACGGAGAGGAUUUCCACCUCUGGCCAGAUCCGCUCCGUGAUCAGGAGGAGUCGGGAGACGGGCCAUGCUCACCCCAUGUCCCGGGAGCCCUCCCCUCGCCGCCGGCUGGACCCCACCACCCUGAGCAGGACCCCAUCCCAGGAGCGGCUCAUCGCAGAGCUGCAGGGCCGGCUGGGCAUCCAGCUGGAGGCAGAGGAGGCAGCAGGGCCAGGAGGGACUUCCACCCAAGACUGGCUGACUGAGGGCAUCAUCAUCACUGUGCAGCCACGUGGGAGGCGGGCUGGGGGGCAGCUUGUAGAGAAGGUUGUCUUCCCUCCUGACUCUCCCAUUCCCCUGAGAAGAACCAUCUCUGUUGUGGCUUCUCCUCCUUCUGUUCCUUUGCUCCAGCAUCACCCAGAUGCUUCGGCCAGCAGCUCUUCUCUACCCAGGCUUCCCACUUCCUCCUCCACGGGGCCUUUGACUUGCACCCUUGGUUCUCCUGGGGUCCAGAGUUCAGGGGAAGAGCCCCAUGAUGAGGAUGGGAGAGGCCCCACCUCUCCUGCUCCUGCACCCCACACCAUGAGGUCCGUGGGCUGCCAGACCAAUGAGGACCCGCUCUUCCAUCCGAUGCAGAUGCACGGUCUGGAGCAAAGAACGGAUGGAGAGCAGCACUGGGCGGCUGGUUGGCCUCCAAGCGGCAGGCAGAGCAGCCCUGAAGGGCAGGACGAGGGAGGGUUCAUGACCCAGGGGAAGACCGGGAGCAGCUCACCCCCUGGGGGACCCUCGAAGCCCGGGAGCCAGCUGGACAGCAUGCUGGGAAGCCUGCAGUCUGACCUGAAUAAGCUGGGGGUUGCCACGGUUGCCAAGGGGGUGUGCGGGGCCUGCAAGAAGCCCAUCGCUGGGCAGGUCGUGACAGCCAUGGGAAAGACGUGGCACCCUGAGCACUUCGUCUGUACCCACUGCCAGGAGGAGAUCGGAUCCCGGAACUUCUUUGAGCGGGAUGGACAGCCCUACUGUGAAAAGGACUAUCACAACCUCUUCUCCCCGCGCUGCUACUACUGCAACGGGCCCAUCCUGGAUAAAGUGGUGACAGCCCUUGACCGGACGUGGCAUCCUGAGCACUUUUUCUGUGCCCAGUGUGGAGCUUUCUUUGGUCCUGAAGGGUUUCAUGAGAAGGAUGGCAAGGCCUACUGCCGGAAGGAUUAUUUCGACAUGUUUGCACCCAAGUGUGGCGGCUGCGCCCGGGCCAUCUUGGAGAACUACAUCUCGGCCCUCAACACCCUCUGGCAUCCUGAGUGCUUUGUGUGCCGGGAAUGCUUCACGCCAUUUGUCAACGGCAGCUUCUUUGAGCAUGACGGGCAGCCGUACUGUGAGGUGCACUACCAUGAGAGGCGAGGCUCACUGUGCUCUGGCUGCCAGAAGCCCAUCACAGGCCGCUGCAUCACCGCCAUGGCCAAGAAGUUCCACCCCGAGCACUUCGUCUGUGCCUUCUGCCUCAAGCAGCUCAACAAGGGCACCUUUAAGGAGCAGAAUGACAAGCCUUACUGCCAGAACUGCUUCAUCAAGCUCUUCUGCUAGGCACCCCUUCUCCAGCUGCCCCUCCCCCAGCCAGUGUCCCCAACUGCUACUGACCUACAGCCAGCAGCUGCCCCUCCCCCAGCCAGUGUCCCCAACUGCUACUGUGACCUACAGACCUCACCCAGGGGUAUGGGGUAAACCUGAGGGAAACUGGAACCUCGUCCUCAGCCUGGUGCAGGAUGGGAAGAGGGCCGUGGGGGGUCCUGCCUGCUUCUCCUCACCCCACCAGAGCCUCAGGGCUUCCUGUCCCCUUCCUGCAGCUCUCCUGGGCUGCUCACUCUUUAUCUUCCCCAGAGGCAGAGGCUGGGGCCUGCCCCACACCACAUGCAUCCCUAAGAACUGGCCUGGCCUGGCCAGCACCCCACACUGGAGCCAUCUCGCACUCAUAUUUCAGCAGUGGAACUGGGGCGGGAAGACAGGCAGAGUCAGCUUGGGGCCCUUUUUAUUCUUAUUUUUCCCUGACUUCAUUAUCUUGAGAGUACUGGGGGACACCUGGCCCCCUUGUGACAAUGCCAGCAUAAACUCAUCUAUCCAAAGGCGGAGGAUCCCAAGGGUUCUCAGAAAGUUCCUUGGGCUCCCGCCUUCAGUCUCCUUAGGGCCUGGGCAACUGCCUUCCUUCCCCCUGACUGUCCCUUUUAUACCUGCUCUGGUUCUACUGAGAAAGGCCUCUCCCCAGCAAUAAUGUUUUAUAGCCACUUCCUCCAUCUCCAGGGGACGGCGUGAGGUGGGGAAUGUCACCUGUGCCUGGACACUGUACCGACUUUGAUAGAUUUCUACACUGAGGUUUCAAUUCGUAUUGCUCAAGUUGCUUUUACUUCUCUAUACAAGAUGAUUUUGAAGAGAUUUUAAAGAUGUUCCCUUUUGUAUUCUCUUCGUCCACUGCUGCUGGUCCUGUCGCUGACCGUGGCUUUGGUAUGGACUUUGCUUUGUACUGAGGGCUUGGGGUGGGGAAGCAAUUUGUAUUUUAUUUUUUCUUAGCACAAGCAGGUGAACUGGGAGUACCUCUGUGACUCCCCUUCUGUAACUUCACAGCUCCCCAGGACUGUUUUAUAAACUGCUGUAUUUUGAAACCCCUUCCUUACUGCCCAGGCCUGUAAGCUCUUAAUUAAACACCUGGAAUUCCGAACCUCAUUUGUCCUGUUCCUGAGAGAGGAGAAGGGUGAAAUACACUUUGGGGGGCUGCUUCCUGUCUGAGUAAGCCAUUAGCCUCUGCUCCCCUAUGAGUUUUUUGGCAACAAAGAGAACCCAUUGACAUUCUUGGCCUCCUCACUACAUCUCCAGGGCUCGCUCUUCUGCCUCCUCAGGAAAGUUGGUAUCUGAUUUUGACCAUGAAGACCACAAGGGUCCCUGGUCUUGUUGAUUUCACUGGGCACAUCAUUUCCUCAAAUUUCCUGCCCUUCCUGGAGACUGGGUGCAGGUUCUUCCCCUUUCAUAGGUGGGAUCUGUCCUCAGGAGGUUUGGAGAGAAGGCCUGAGGCAAGAGGGUUAGGGGGCCUGGCUGGAUUUAGGGCAGAAGGAUAGGAUUCUGUUGGAACAACAGGAAGCCCCAGCGUUCUCUUUCCCAAGGAUGAAGCAGGAACAGCCAGGCCUGGGGUUCCUGGUCAAAUGAAAAGGACUGCCGAUGGAUCUAUAGGGAGGGAUCCAGACCAGUUCACUAGCCUCCUAGCUGAGUGUGCUGGGGAUUCAGAAGAGGGUUCCUUUGUUGAGGCCAGACUGGGAGCAGCUCAGGUCUAGGGAGGUCAGCCUGGGCCCUCAAAAGGUCUGACAUCUCCACUUCCACCCACAGGCCUUAUUGCUCUGUUUACAGUGACCUACCCUGGACCCCUCCCCAGAAGGGCCUGGGGUUUCUGGGGUCCAUCCUCUGGGUUAAUGGUUAUUUGAUCAUUUGAUUAUGAAUUUUAUUUUCUUGUAUAAACUUCUAACCUGGCUUUUUCCAUUUCAAUUUCUGUGAUUUAUGCCAAUAAAAUUUGCCAUUAUUU